AUGGAUUCCGCCAAGCAGCCUGUUAAGCUCGUCAAGGUGACUCGUGUUCUCGGCCGUACCGGCUCCCGUGGUGGUGUCACCCAGGUCCGCGUCGAGUUCAUGGAUGACACUUCCCGCAGCAUCAUCCGUAACGUCAAGGGUCCAGGUAUGCGAUUUCCGUUGAGCGAUUGA